AUGCCAAAGAAGAAGAAUGUUGUCUUGGUUUCAGUUGCUUUGCCUCAGAAUAUAGCAAGAAAAAAAAGAAAGACAAAAAGGGAAGGAUCAGACAGACAAGAGGAUAAGGGUGAUAUUGAGAUAGACAAGAAUGCUACUCCUGAAUCCACCACUGAGAGCAAAAAAGGAGAGGAGCUACAAGAAAGUAAUUGUCACGCCCCGAACUAUGGCCUGGGUAUAACACAGCACACGAAAGACAUUCAAGAAGAGGAAGAUCAACAUGGAAAUGAAGAAUCAAUAGAGUCUAGAACUCAAAGCAACAACAGUGAGCAGACUCAAAUCAGUGAAAAAAACACCAGUAGAAGAAGUAGAAGCAGACACAAAAGUAGAGGAAGGAAACAAAAAGAUGGUAAUGAUGAUCAAGAGGAGGAUAAGAAAGAACAGGAGAAAAGCAAGGAAGCAAGUCCUAGAGGAAGAAGCAAAAAUAGGAGAGGAGACAAAAAUGACAAUGACAAAGUUGUUCCACUUUCAAAAAGGGGAAUAGCAAACAAAAAGCACCAUCCCCUAAUAGAAGGAUACAAAAAGUUUCUUGGAUAUCAGCAUUGUGUUUCCAACUCAAAUGGGAAAAUGCGUGUUUUUGGAAUUAUAUCAAUCAAACUGAAAGAGCGCGUGGACAACAAUGAACAAGAAAUUACUCUCAAUAUGAAGGAUAAGGAUGAUUCUGAUUCCUUUAUUAUUGCUAUUUAUGCAAAAUGCACAUCUACAGAAAGAAGGGAUCUCUAA